GAAGUCAAUCAAAUUAUGGAGACCAAUCUCUGGCUGAAACAUAUAUGGAACGAUUACAGGUUGACAUGGGACCCUGCAGAAUAUGAAGGAGUCCGCUUUAUUAGAGUUCCUUCAGACAGAAUCUGGAAGCCGGAUAUCAUUCUGUACAACAAUGCAGUUGCGGAUUUCCAAGUGGACGAAAAGACCAAGGUGCAGCUGCUGUCCAAUGGUACGGUGACCUGGGUCCCGCCAGCCAUAUUCAAGAGCUCCUGCAAGAUGGAUGUCACCUACUUCCCGUUCGAUUACCAGAACUGCAGCAUGAAGUUUGGCUCCUGGACCCACGACAAAGCCAAGAUUGACCUGGCCCUGAUUGGCAGCGAGAUGAACCGGAAGGACUUCUGGGAAAGCGGCGAGUGGGCGAUCAUCGCUGCCCCUGGGUACAGGCACGACAUCAAGUACAACUGCUGUGAGGAGAUCUAUGUGGACAUAACCUACUCCAUUUACAUUAGACGGAUGCCUCUAUUCCACACCAUCAACAUGAUCAUCCCAUGUCUGAUGAUUUCUUUUCUGACUGUCCUGGUUUUCUGGCUACCCUCUGACUGCGGCGAGAAGAUAACCCUAUCGGUUUCAGUUCUGCUGUCACUCACCGUGUUUCUCCUCGGCAUCACGGAAAGUGUUCCAUCCACCUCCUUGGUGAUCCCUCUCAUUGAGGAAUACCUGCUCUUCAUUAUGAUCUUUGUGGUGCUCUCUAUCAUCAUAACCGUCUUUGUCCUCAACGUCCACUACAGAAGCCCCUCCACCCACACCAUGCCAAGCUGGGUGAAGACCUUCUUUCUGAAGGCACUGCCGCGCGUCCUGUUCAUGACAAGGCCAGGAGGCGAGGCUGGAGCUCAGGAAGGCCCAACAACCCCCAGUCCGCCUGAAUGCACCGGCGAGCUCUCCAACUUCAGCGGCACGCCAGAAGCCUGCAGCCAGGGCCUGCAAUGCACCUGCUGUGGGGGCUGCAGGCUGGGAUCCUUGGACACCGGGAUCUAUCUAAUGCGAAGCUCCAGUGUAGAGACCCCCGACGCUUUGUUCACAACCUCUGGCCUUGGUCCUGAAGUUCAGGAAGCUGUUAAAAGCAUCACAUGCAUUGUGGAACAGAUGAAGCAACAGAAUGAAGACAAGGAGAUAGAAGAUGACUGGAAGUACGUUGCCUUGGUGAUUGAUCGGAUCUUCCUCUGGAUCUUCAUUCUGAUGUGCAUCUUGGGAUCGACUGGCUCAUUCCUGCAGCCACUGAUGUCUGCGAAUGAGACCUGAGCAGAGUCAGGGACUGUGUCGUAAACACAGACGCUCCUUUUAAGACUGGGUAAAAUAC